AACGGAUUCAUUCACUGAUUCAUAUGUUUGCUGAGAGCUCGUCAUGCGGGGACUAUUGGGCUUCGUGGCUUCCUUCUAUCCUCUCCUCGUAAGAGGUCAGGUCUUUUCGAGCUGGGAUGUCUCUAACGGGACCACUACGCUGCUGGGGAACGCCUUUGGCGUGUCCGGCGUGGAGGCAGAGUAUGACUACAUUGUUGUCGGUGCAGGUACUGCUGGUGGCGCCGUAGCUGCUAGACUGGCUCUUGCCGGAUACUCCGUCGGUCUCGUCGAGGCUGGUUCGUUCUAUGACCUGGACAAUGGCAACAAGACCACUAUCCCGGGCUAUGACCAAACUACCCAUCCCAAUGACCCCUUGGAUUCCUUGGUUGACUAUGACUUUGUCACCGAGCCGGAGCCGGGUUUGAACGGACGUAAGCUGCAUUAUUCGGCUGGAAGGACUUUCGGUGGAGGCUCAGCCGUGAACCUCAUGGGCUACCAACGCUUCACCGUCGGCACCUUCGAUCGAUGGGCCGAGAUAAUUGGCGACGAUUCCUGGAAAUGGGACGGAGUGUUCCCCUUCUACAAGAAGAGCACCAACUUCACUCCUCCCAACUACGACAAGAUCGAUCCCCGGUUCAACAUCAGCUAUGACGCAGGGGCAUUUGAUGUCGAUGCCGAUGCCCCUCUGCAGAUUUCGUACGGCAACAACUAUCAGGACUAUGGUCCUGGUGUCGGUGAGGGAUUUGAGAAUAUGGGCUUGGAUCAUAUUCCGGGGCUGAACAGCGGCUACCUCAUCGGAUAUGGUACCAUGAGCGCAACUGUUGACCCGAAGGCGGCAACCAGGGAUACUUCAGCAACGUCGUUCAUCAAGAAGGCCAUCGACGAAGGGACAAAUCUAAAGAUCUACCAGACCACUACCGCUAAGCGCAUCCUCUUCGAUGAGAACAAAAAGGCCACCGGUGUGGAGGUUGAGGCCGUCGGACCGAGGCCUUUCACCUAUAAGCUGAAUGCGACCAAGGAAGUGAUUGUCUCGGCUGGAGCGUUCCGAUCUCCCCAACUGCUCUUGGUGUCUGGCAUUGGACCGGAGAAAAUUCUGAAGGAACAUAACAUCUCGACCGUUGCUAUCUCGGAAGGUGUUGGUCAAAACACUGAGGAUACAGAAUCAUCACCUAAACCCGGCGUCCAGGACCAAGUCUGGCUCGGCUUCUCAUGGGGAGUCAGCGUCAACACCAAGACCCAAAUUCUUUUGGGGAACCCCGAUUACGUCGAGCCCGCGGUCGAGGAAUACCUGAAAAAUCAGUCUGGUCCACUGGCUGGUAUCGGAGCUGGCGAGUUUACAGGAUGGGAGAAAAUCCCUAAGGCCAACCGCAAGAAUCUCAGCAACGCCACGCUGGAAUGGCUCGACUCGUUCCCGUCAGACUGGCCGGACAUCGAGUAUCAGGACAUCGGGUUUGCAGCAGUCCCCGAUAACAUCACCGCGGACGGCAAUUACAUGACUCUUGGGGCGGCUUUGUUGACGCCCAAAUCCCGCGGAAACGUCACCAUCAAGAGCGCCGAUAUGAACGAUUACCCUGUCAUCACGAUGAACUACUUGCUCGACCCGGUGGACCAAGAGGUCGCGGUGGAAGCGUUCAAGCGUAAUCGCGAAUGGGGCCGCGGCUCGGGCAUUUUGGUGGAUGAGUUCAUCCCUCCUGCCUCGAUCAAGACGGACGAGGAAAUCCUCGAGUGGAUCAAGCAGGAAGCAACAUUUAUCUAUCACGUCAGUUCGAGCUGCGCAAUGGGACGAGAUGAUAACCCGGCCGCCGUGCUGGAUACCGAGGCCCGUGUCCGUGGAGUUUCCGGGCUCCGAGUUGUGGAUGCGAGUUCCAUGCCUGCUCUAGGUCCUGGCCAUCCUAUGGCAACAAUUUACAUGCUGGCGGAGAAGAUUGCAAAUGCGAUCAUCAAAGGAAAGUUGGAGUAAUCUGCGAGCGGAGGG